UCUAUAUUGUAUUUUAUAUUCUAUUGAAUUUCUUUAUAUAUAUGCGUAUUUAGAUCAACAGUUCUCAACUUUAUUUACCUUUCAAAGUGUUUCUCUUUUUGCAAAUUUUUACACAUUCUAGAUACGGUUUAGCUUCAUAAAGCAAAAAACACUUUUAUUCCCAUUUAUUAUUUAAUACAUAUAUAUAAAAUUAUUAAAAUAGCGUUCGCGAUUUGUCAAAAAUAAAUGUUCUUCAAACAUUUCCAUAAAAAUCUCAUUGCGAAUUGCUGAUGCCGAUGGAAUUGUCAUGCAACGCCGAACAUAACCGAACCGCUAACCACGGAAUUACCCGAAGUUCAUGCACUACCCCCCUUACCGCAUUUAUCAGCUUCCCCUCUGAGAAGGCUCCGUCUAUGUAUUCUAAUGUCAAUGUUUCGUGUCGUAUUAUGCAUAACGACAGAGACAGGCAUGUCUGCGAAUCAAACACGAGUGGUAUAAAAUUGUCGAGGAUGCGAAAGGCGUGAAAUUUGCAUGAUUCUUUCUGUACAUAUUUUCGUCUUUCGUCAUUCGGUUCUUCCUGCCGAUAUCGAGGCAGGCACGCUUAUCUGUUUGGGGUUAUUCGGUAGCAGGAAAAUCAAUAAUGGACUAUGCCAUGGUAAUACGAGUUAAGAAGCCGAGCUUCUACACCCGUAAAUGCUUCGAGGCACGGAAGAUAGUGGAAUUGAGUGAUCCUAAAGCCGUUAACCAUGUGGAGGACGAAAGACUCUUCUUGAAAUUACUCGGCGAUACAAAACUAUUCCUGUCACUUGUUCCCUGUCCAAGUCUGUGUCGAAGUACUCGGAACCGACGCAGCGGUACGUCCAGGAGGCCAUCAUGCUGUUGGCGCAAUGGUACAGGUCGGGAAACGUCAGGAAUUGCAGUUUCCUCUUGUUCAUUUCGAGGCGCAGACAAGCUAUAAACACCACCGCUGCGUAUCGUCUAACGCGUAACAAUAAAAGAGUGCUUGAUUAACAU